AUGCAAAAACGAUUGCAAUCUGCAUCGGAGUUUGUUGUUGAGACUGCCACGGCAUCGGCUACGGCUGCUGCAACUCAUUGCGACUUUUUCAUACGCAAAUUCAAUGAAGUCCAACACACGACGAAAAAUGCGUUUAAUUUAUUGUACGGCUUUAUGCUGAUCGCCGAAACUAGUUUCCAGUCCAUUGCCAUGACACCCUACCACACAUACACGCUUGUGGCUCUAAGCUGUCUCUUUGUUGCUGUCAGCUCUCAAUAUAGCUAUGAAAAACCCACCAAGGUCAUUGAUGAUGGCUAUGCAUAUGCAAAACCCACAGCAAGUGGUCAUUUCUUUCCACCAUUGCCAACGGUAAAACCUCUCCCAGCAGUACCAGAUCUUCCGCCACUGCCAACAGCACGUCCCAAAGUAACACUGACCCAGCAAACCCUUUAUCAAACACAUCCAACUCCUGGUAAUGUAGCUCCGCAUACCACAUAUAUUCCUGCUUCGUUCAAGCCCACGGAAAUUGGUAAAAUUGCACAACAAUAUCGUCCAUCAUCAUCACCAUCCAGGUCAUCUGGAGGUUCCUCACCUUCGUCAUUUGGUGUUACUGGUAGUGGUAGCGGCAGUUAUACACCACCCACCGCACCCACUGGCAGUGGUGAGUUAUUACUGGGUACCUAUGGACCACCAUCACCUGGUGAAGAAGGCCAGCCUCUGCGUAUUCCCUUCGGCAAGACAGCCAUCAUCCAUCCCCCCAGUCCCAGCAACAAUGUUAAUGAGCAACAACCUUUCGGCAGCAUUGGAGGACGUCCACUCAAACAAUAUGCCGUCAUUGAGAUUAUUGAUAAUGAUAUUGCCCAGAAUAAUCAACCCUUCUUACCACCGGUGGUGCAUGAUGAUUUCCGCGCUCUGAUUGGUGCCACAGGAACGGGUGCUAUACCUUCUCUCGGAUCUGGUGGUUUUCAAUUUGAUUCCAAGGCAAAUUCAAAUGUUGUGGCCCAACAGCAGCUGCAGGUUCAAACAUCCUUCCGUUCAAGUGGCAGUCAAAUUUCCUUGGGUUCCGGAGGUUUAGGUUUGGUACGUCUUCCCGAUGGAAAAAUCCAUUUGGGUUCCGGUUCAUUAGGUUACAUCAGCAGUGAUAUGGUACGUCACAAUGCCAAUGAGGCUCGUACACGUUCGGAGAUGGCUAGAGCGAGUGCCCUGCAUUUUGGCCACGGCUCUUUGGCUCAAUCACAGCAAUUUGGUGGCGAUAGUAGAUUUAGAUUUUAA